GCGGUCUUGCUCGCGGCGCAGACCAAUCCGAAGAACGAGUUCGUGGAGGAGAUAGUGGAGAAUGGCCUGACGAACGUUCUCGUCCUGAAGCCGAACACCCCAGUUGUCGUCCAGCUCUGGCUCAAGGAGAUCGCCAACAAGUACCACCAUGGCGCCUCGACCACGCACAUCGAAAUCUACGAGGAGGCCGCUCAGGCGGAGAAGAGUUGGAAGGCCGAGGCGAAAAGGGAGACCCUCUCGGUGGACUCGUGCCCGAAGACAGGCAAGUUUACAUACCAGAAGCUUUACGAAGCUCACGUCAUGAAGCACUUUUCCAAGUAUUUCUCCAGCCCCGACCAUUACAAGAAGGCGAUCAGCGGUUACCACAAAAUGGUUAAGGUCGGUGUGUGGCCGCUGUACAAGCGUCUCUGCGAGGAUAGCUGCGAGUACCUGUCGAAGGAGCUCUCUGUGGAGACGGUCGCCCAGAUCAACAACGCCGCCCUGGUCGUCCUCGACACCUUCACUGGGUUCAUUGACCCAACCCUUCUGACCUUCAUCAGCCUCGAGGUGUUGAAGUUUGCGCUGCCGCUGGACAUCCCUGGGCACGAGUGGCUGAUGCGAGAUGAACAUACUGCCGCGUCCAUGCUCAAAGGGAUCAAGGCACCGAUGAUGUUCUCUGUCCUUUACAGGGAUGGGGACAAGAGGAGCUUGGCAGCACAGAAGGUCGCAGUGGCGAAGGCGAAGGCGAAGGCGAAGGCGAAAGCCCAGGUCGUGGCAAAGCAACCAGCCAAGAAGAGGAAGGUCGGCUCUGCUCAGGGUCCAGUGGCCAUCCCAGAUGAGGCAGUGGAUGCGACGAUCGCGGGUGAUGAUAUGAUGGGCAGCCGCGAGAAGCUCUGGCUCGACGACCUCGUGCAGGCCGUCUUCACGCCCGUCAGCGGACUUCCCAGUCACAAGGUUGACGAGAUCAACCAGAUGUUCAACGUUGGCAUCAAGUUCAUCCUCAGCAAGAAGGUCGUGUUCCAAGGGGGUACGUUCGAGCAGUGGAGCGCCCUCAGCGCGAGUCCUCGCGCGAAGCACGCGUUGUCAGCCAUGUCGGAGUUCAUCGAUGACGAAGCCUUCGUGCUGAAGAUGCGCGCCCUCCUCAGCACCAACAAGUCCGACAGCCCCAUUGCGAUGCACCAGCUCUACAUCAGCAUUUCGCAGAAGAUCAUGGGAGCCCUGGCGUCGAGGAAGAAGGUCGUUGGCAAGACACCCGCUCCUCCUGUGCUCGACGUGGUUUCUGUGUUGCAGGCUUUCAAGCAAGCGUCUGCCAACACCUUCGACAACAAGUUCACGAGGUUCAUUAUGAAGGCGCGCGGGCUCAACAAGCAAGAUGGAUCGCCCCCCAUAUCCGAGCUCACAGGUGGCAUCUGCGAGUCGGAUGAAACAUUGUGGAACCUUGGGUCAUUGCGCAGCCGCUACGUCGUUGGGAUUCUGAACUCGAUUGGGGCGGCCGGUUUGGACGGGUACACCGACUCGGCAGCUCGCGCCCUCGCAGAGUCGAUGGUUGACGUUGCCUCUACGGACAAUGCUACUGACGACGGAUCAUGGGUGUCCACUUGGCAAGCGAUGAUAGAGGCGGCUGGAAAUGACACGUCGUUGAACAAAUACUUCGAGCUGGAUGCUACUCUUCUUGAUGGGAUGGCGGAAGAAAUCAAAGAGGCCGUCGCCGCAGGAGAUUCAGAUGCUACCAAGGGGACCAAGGGCGCCAUAGUGAUAUCUACGAUCCAGUCUCUCUGGGAAGGCGAUGCGGCGCCCAUUAUCAAAGUGUUCAUGCUCAACCUUGAGGCGUUCAUCUGGAAAAAAUGUAUGGUGCAGACUAGCUGCCCUGCGUCCGACGUCACGCUGGAGCGCGGGUGGUCCGACCUGGCGCUCAGAGAGCAGGAUGCCGACGAUGUGACGAAGGGCAUCGUUGCGAUCAAGUGCAACCCCACCUUGAGGCUGAACUACGUGGGCAGUAUUACGAGGAUGCCGCUGCCCCACAGCUUCAAGAUCACUACUGCGUUCGGCAUCGACUUCUACGUCACCAGCCACGGCACCUCCGCCCACCCGUCGGCGGGCGACUCCUUCGUCCCAGCCUGGUCUAUCCCACUUCCACCCGUCAAG